GCUAAAUCACAUUUAACUUUAGGCAACAAAAAUUCAGAGAUUGUUCAAUGUUUUGGUUUAACACAAAAUCCAUCAAAUAGAAAUUAUUUACUUGUAAUGAAAAAGCUUGAUGUGAAUUUAAGAGAAUAUUUACAACAAAAUCAUAAUCAACUUACAUGGAAAGAAAGAAUUAGAAUUACUUUUGAAAUAGUAGAUGCACUUGAUUGGAUUCAUAAAGAGAAUUUAAUCCAUAGAGAUUUGCAUUCUGGAAAUAUAUUAUAUUCACAGUCUAAUGAUGCUUGGUAUAUUAGUGAUCUUGGAUUUUGUUGCCCUGUAGACAACAAUCAACAAUAUAGUAUUGCAAUGCUUAUGUGGGAAAUUUCAUUUGGGCAACCUCCAUUUAUGAAUUAUGAACAUGAUAGUAUUCUUGCAAUUAAUAUCAUUGAUGGUAUAAGACCAAAAAUUUUAUCAUAAAUUUCUUCCUAAUAUAAAAGUCUAAUGGAACAAUGUUGGGAUGCUAAUCCACUAAAAAGACGUGAUACUGUUGCACUCUUUAAUAAAAUGAGUGAAAUUAAAUCAUAUUAUCAAAAUAAACCUGAUGAACUACCUCAAAAAAUAAUACAAUUAGAUAAAAAAACAAUCAAUAUAAUGAGUAGUAAAAUAUUUACAAGUAACAUUCAUAAUUUUGAAAAUCUACCUGAACCUAAAAAUGCAACAGAAG